GGUUGCUUCGCUGCCAGUAGCUUGUACCACACACCACCAUAGCAGAGCAGAGGGGUUGGUGAGAGGAUGCGCGGCGGCGGGCGGGACGACGAGGAGGCCGCCCACAAGCUCAAGAGCAUGGACGUCGACAAGCUGGAGAACGGCGCCAACGGCGCCGACACGCCGCCGCGCCCCGCCCUGAAGUACCACGGCUGGAGGGCCAUGCCCUUCAUCAUAGGGAACGAGACGUUCGAGAAGCUGGGGACGCUGGGGACGUCGGCGAACCUGCUGGUGUACCUGACGCAGGUGUUCCACAUGCGGAGCGUGGACGCGGCGACGCUUCUCAACGGCCUCAACGGCACCACCAGCCUCGCCCCCAUCAUCGGCGCCUUCCUCUCCGACGCCUACCUCGGCCGCUACCUCGCCCUCGCCAUCGCCUCCGUCGCCUCCCUCAUCGGCAUGUUCCUGCUGACGAUGACGGCGGGGGCGGAGGGGCUGCACCCGGCGGAGUGCGGCGUCGGGGAGGCGUGCGAGAAGGCGACGUCGGGGCAGUUCGCCGUGCUGUUCAUCUCGUUCGCGUUCCUGGUGCUGGGGUCGGCGGGGAUCCGGCCGUGCAGCAUGCCGUUCGGCGCCGACCAGUUCGACCCGCACACGGAGUCCGGCAAGCGCGGCAUCAACAGCUUCUUCAACUGGUACUACUUCACCUUCACCUCCGCCAUGCUCGUCUCCGCCACCGUCAUCAUCUACGUCCAGAGCAACGUCAGCUGGCCCAUCGGCCUGGGGAUCCCCACGGCGCUCAUGUUCCUCGCCUGCGUCCUCUUCUUCCUCGGCACGCGCCUCUACGUGCGCGUCACCCCCGAGGGGAGCCCCUUCACCAGCAUCGUCCAGGUGUUCGCCGCCGCCGCCAGGAAGCGGUCGCUGAAGCAGCCCAAGGACCCCAAGCAGGACCUGUUCGACCCGCCGCACACCAGCGCCAUCGUCACCAAGCUGGCGCACACGGACCAGUUCCGGUGCCUGGACAAGGCGGCCAUCGUCGCCGGCCCCGACGAGGUGAGGUCCGCCGGCGGCGGCGGCCCCGCGCCGGCCAACCCGUGGAGGCUGUGCAGCGUGCAGCAGGUGGAGGAGGUGAAGUGCCUCAUCCGCAUCGUCCCGGUGUGGUCGACGGGGAUCAUCUACUACGUCGCCGUCGUGCAGCAGUCCACCUACGUGGUGCUCUCCGCGCUGCAGUCCGACCGCCACCUCGGCAAGAGCUUCCAGAUCCCGGCGGCGUCCUUCACCGUCUUCGCCAUGCUGGCGCAGACGCUCUGGAUCCCCAUCUACGACCGCCUCCUGGUGCCGCGCCUCCGCAAGGUCACCGGCAAGGACGAGGGGCUCACGCUCCUGCAGCGGCAAGGCAUCGGCAUCGCGCUCUCCACGGUGGCCAUGGUGAUGUCGGCCAUCGUCGAGGACCGGAGGCGGCACAUCGCGCUGACGCAGCCGACGCUGGGGACGACCAUCACCGGCGGCGCCAUCUCCGCCAUGUCCAGCCUGUGGAUGGUGCCGCAGCUCAUGGUGCUGGGCCUCUCCGAGGCGUUCAACCUCAUCAGCCAGAUCGAGUUCUACUACAAGGAGAUCCCGGAGCACAUGCGGAGCGUCGCCGGCGCGCUGGCCUUCUGCAACCUCGCGCUCGGCAACUACCUCAGCGGCUUCCUCGUCACCAUCGUGCACCGGACCACCGGCUCCGGCAGCAACUGGCUGGCGCAGGACCUCAACAAGGGGAGGCUCGACCUCUUCUACUGGAUGAUCGCCGGCAUUGGCAUCUUCAACAUCGUCUACUUCAUGAUCUGCGCCAAGUGGUACAGGUUCAAGGGAGCAGCCAACUGAGAAGUGAAAGUUUGUUCAUUUGGGUGGUUAAUUAAUUAUGUCAAGGGGCAGAUAAUUAAUUGGUGGAGUGUUUUGGAUACCAUAGUCAAGGGCUGCUUAUCUUCUUCUCUCUUCUUUUUUUUUCCCCCUCUCUCUGCCUCACAAUUUCUCUAUUGUAUUUAUGUAUCUGGUGUCUUGAAUUAAAAAUCUAUAGGAUUAUGAGGAAAGAGGUGAAGAAAGAAACAAAAAGGGUUGGUUUCUUUGGAAGUGGUUAAAAUUCAAAGAUAAGUGAAUGUUCAAUCUUAGUACUAAAUCGCUACUUUUUGCUGUUUGACU